AGGACCGCAUUGGCUGUUGUGUUUUUUCCAUAAGGGUCCCAAACUACACCGAGAUUUGGAAUAUUACGUUACAGUCCUGCAGGAAAAUGGCGACUGUCAUUCAUAAUCCUCUAAAAUCGCUCGGUGACCAGUUCUACAGGGAGGCCAUCGAGCACUGUCGCAGUUACAAUGCCCGUCUCUGUGCCGAGCGCAGUGUGCGUAUGCCCUUCCUGGACUCGCAAACUGGCGUGGCACAGAACAACUGCUACAUCUGGAUGGAAAAGCGACACCGCCAGCCAGGCCAGGCGGCGGGACAGAUGUAUACCUACCCUGCUCGUUGCUGGAGAAAAAAGAGGCGACUCCACCCUCCCCUCGAUCCCCAGCUCCGCCUGUGUGAGCUUCGAUUAGAAGCAGAGCUGGCCCCCAAGCGUGAGGUGCCCCCGGGGGAGGCCACAGCUUUGGAGGCCCUCCUGAGGGGGGAAAACGUACUGGAGAAAAAAAACAACAUCAAUAAAGAAGAAGAGACCUUGCUGGAAAUACAGAGAGUUCUGGAAGCAGAUGAAAACGGGGAUGGUUUCCAUGAUGACGAAGACUUUGAACUGGAAACUCCAAAGAGAAAGAACAGAAACAGAGGCAAAAACAGAGGAUCAAGUCGCAGGAGGACAGAACCUGUUAACAUCGACGACCAGGACAAACCUUACGUCUGUGACAAUAGAUACAAACAAAAGCAUAACUCAAAAAAGGCUGAAGAAGUCUGUGGAAAGCGCUACAAGAACCGACCCGGCCUGAGCUACCACUACACCCACACUCACCUGGCAGAGGAGGAGGGAGAGGAGGAAAAGGAAACAGAGAUGACCCCGUCUCCUCCACAGAGCUCUGAUCACCAUAAACCUCAGAAGGGUCCAGAUGGUGUCAUCAUCCCCAACGACUACUGUGAUUUCUGCCUCGGAGACCAGGGCUCCAACAGGAAAACAGGCCAGGCUGAGGAACUGGUGUCCUGCUCUGACUGUGGACGCUCUGGUCACCCCACAUGCCUGCAGUUCACUGAGAACAUGAUGCAGGCAGUGAGGACAUACCAGUGGCAGUGCAUCGAGUGCAAGUCUUGCAGCAUCUGUGGCACCUCAGAGAAUGAUGACCAGCUGCUGUUCUGUGAUGACUGUGACAGAGGAUACCACAUGUACUGCCUGAAGCCUCCGAUGACCCAGCCCCCUGAAGGGAGCUGGAGCUGUCAUUUGUGUCUGGACCUGUUAAAGGACAAAGCCUCAGCUUAUGGAGAAGCAUAACGCCCUGAACAUUCCUCUCAGCACACACAGUAUAUAUAUUUGUACAUGUACAUAUGACUGUUUGACAUGCCCACACACAUAAAGCUUUCUCUCAGAUAGAAUCCAGCACACACAGAUACAGACACUCUCUCUCCUCUCUCUCUCUCUCUCUCUCUGUCUCUCUCCAUCCAACACACACACAAACACACACACUCCAGUGCAUUAGCAGGCUCAGGGCAGUUUCCUGUGUGAGGCGAACAGAUCCUCUACCUCUCAUAUAGCCAAGCAACACUCCAGAUGCAAAUGCCAUCAACAUGCGAUCUCGACCGUAAGUCAGCUAACAGCAGGUCUGCCGCUCAGUCAUUUCUCUACCUCACCACUCCGCAAACGGCAAGAAGCCAAAGUAAGAUUGAUGAUGGCCAAUACUGUGUAGUACAUGUAUGUGUAUGUGAAGCACACUUUCAUUAAAACCGAACAUCUGAAAUCCCUGGAUGGCGGCAGAUGUUUUCCCCCUGAUUUCAAUGGAUUUGAGUACGAUUUGGAAGACGUUUCUCCCAGAGUAUUUGCCAAAGCUGUUUCACUUGCUCCCCUCGCUACUCAAGCUCGACAGUGGGGGAACCUGACUAAUGUUUGUUUAAAUUUCUCUUUCUAGCUCUACUCCUCUCCUUGUGUUUAGACUUUACAGUGACAUUCCUAUUUUAUAUCUGGACAGGCUCAGUGUUAUGUUAUGCCAUCUUUCACAGGUUUUGUCAAGCUUGGUGAAAUUUAUAUCCAGUGCUAAGAGGAAAUGGGGCUUUGACUAUCAUUCCUUUUGGACCGCCGUGACAUUUAUAAUCCGCGUCUGUUUUCUGUAUCCUUGCAGUUGCUAGGAUACCAUGGUGCUCAAAUGUGACACUUUAUAAACGAUAUUCCUUUACACAGAAUGAAACAUGGUAUUUAUACAUUGUUGAUUAUAGUCCAACGUUACUGUCAAGGAGAUCAUUGUUACUGUAAAUCAGUGGUUCCCAAACUUUUUCUGCCAUGCCCUCCCUUUGGAAGCCCGUCCACUCCACAAUAAUAGAUCAUUUUAAACAAGAGCUCUGUAUAAGCGUCUUAUAUAUGAAUACAAUGGCUAUGUACAUGAUACAGCUGAAACUAAAACACUGAGGCUAAAGUUGCAUAUCCAAAGUAGGUACAAGUGCAGUAAGACGGAAGUUUUUGUUUAAUUUUUUUUUUGGAAGUAGAGUGCUAAAAAAAGUUAAAGGGGCUCAUGUGUUGAGGUUUUCACAGUAGAUGUCCUAGUAUUAUAGGACAGAUGUUAAUAUAUAUGUUGAUAUAGUAGCAUCUUGGCUCCCAUUCAGUGGAUGCUCAGGUCCUGAACGGGGAUUUUUGUAACCCAUUAACCCAUAUCAUGAUAAAGUUGGAAGUUUGGAAGUAACAACUGUAAGUAGUAAGCUAGCUUUGCCGAGCAUGCUAACAUUUGCAGUUUAAAUUAGAGUUGAUUAAAAACAAGUCCUUACAAUUUCACUCUGUUUUGGUUAUGGAAAGACAGUUCCUUCAAACUCUUUCAAACUUCAAACUUCAGUGUUGCUUCUCACAAAUUCCCAAUGGGCAGUCUCACAAAACACAAACUAUGAUUGGACAGUCGCUGUUUGGGAGAGCGGUCAAUAGAUUCUUUUUAUGGCAGAUAUUUUGACUUGUCAAAGCAGGAAAAACACAGGUGUAAACAAUAACAUUAAAAAUGGCUCCAUUCCAUUAAUUGUCCCAGUAAGCAGCUACGUCAGUCAGUGAGCACGUGCUAUACCAGAGCGCUUGAACUGGCUCAUCUAAAUGGAGUGCAGCCAUCGUUAAUGUUACUAAUUCCACCUGUGUUUUUCCUGCACUGACAAGUCCAAAUGUCUGCCAUGCAAAGGGGUCUAUUAAUACUGUUAUCAGUUACGCCUGUGUUAGACAUUUUAAAAUAAUCUGCUGUGAAAAAGGUGUAUUCAACUUCUGCACUGUGGUUUCACUCAUCACCACAUUUUACCCCUCACUGAUGUGCGCCUCCUGCAGUAGCUCUGCACCCCUCCAGAGGUUUGGGAACCACUGCUGGUGCAAUGCAACAUAUGUGUUGUCAAACCUUCAUUCAUGACUAUUUUGAACAGGCAGUGUUGUGAAUCGUAUACUUUACAUGUCCCGAGGAAGCAGUAUUUAUGUGUGAGUCCAGUCUGGAAGUUGGCACAGCUUAUGUAAAGAAAAAAUGGGAACACUUUUUUUUAAAAGCAGUUAUAGCCAGAAUGUAUUCUAGACAUUCUGUUUUUGUAUGACGACAUGAGUGAGGCUGAUAUGUUAAAUUGGCUUAAAUGUAAUACUGAAACCUCCAAUGCCCCAUCAAUGUAAUGUAUUUGUACUAAGCAAAAUAAGCUCAUAAACUUUAAAAAAAAGUACUUCAGUGUGCAAGCAUCGACAGGAUAUUACAUUCUGCAUUUGUGUUUUGUUUUGUGAGUUUGUAUGUCUUGCUUUUCCACAGACAAUCAUGACCUACUGUAGCUUAGUUACAUAAUGUCAAUAACAUGCAGAGGGUUUUAUUGUGCUUUUCCAUGGCGGAUGAAAUGGCCCUCUGUGUCUUGCUUUUGAAAAUGUCUCGGAUGUCAUUCUUAUUUGAUGCCAUCACCUACAGUAAUUCCAAAUGUGUGUUGUAUUUUGUUAAGUAAAUGUUAUGUUUUGU